AUGCCGAGAAUUCCGUCUAACGGUGUGAGUGCUAGCUCGAAGCCUCGCAUCCUUCGAGUCGGCAUCAUAGGCUGUGGAGAAGUCGCGCAAGUGAUUCAUAUCCCCACCCUUAACUUCCUCUCUCACUGCUACAGGAUCACCUUCCUCUGCGAUAUCUCCCUCCAGGCCCUCGAGCACUGCGCCAAAAAGAUCCCCGGAGCAGCCCCGUCCACCACCACCGACCCGGAAGAACUCUGCUCUUCGCCUGAUGUCGACGUUGUCCUCGUUUGCAACGCAAACGCGUAUCACGUCGAGCAUGGACUCCUCGCCCUCAAGCAUGACAGGCACUGCUUCAUAGAGAAGCCUCUCGCCCUCAACUUCCGGGACGUGGACCGCAUCAUCGAGGCGGAGAAGGCCUCCGAGGGGAAUGUGUUCGUCGGGACAAUGCGUCGCUACGCGGCUGCUUUUCUCGAUGCUCUCGAGGAGGUCGGUGGCUUCGAGAAAAUCCUAUACGCCCGUAUCCGAGACAUCGUCGGACCAAAUGCCAAUUCCGUCUCUCAGUCCGCCACGUAUCCUGUAAGGUUUAGCGAUUUCACCGACGAGGAUAUACGGGAGCUUCUAAGGCGGGAUACGGAUAUAGAGGAGCAGGCUCUCGGGACCGAGUUUGGGGUACCCGUGACUCCUAAGUCACGCUGGAUGUUAAGAUUACUUGGCGGCCUCGGUACCCACGAUUUAUCGGCGAUGCGUGAGAUUGUUGGAAUGCCUCAAUCGGUUGCUGGCGCUGUCCUCACCUUCCCCGGGAUCUUUAGCGUCCUCUUCCAAUACGGCGGGUUCCCGGUGGCGUACGAGUCUGGCCUCCAUUCGGUUCCGGAGUUCGACGCCCACAUCGAAGUGUAUUCUCAGGAUAAGAUAAUUCGGGUGAACUACGAUACUCCAUAUAUCAAGGGUUUGCCUAUUACCAUGACUGUCCGGGAGAGGGUAGGCGAGGCAGUGUGGCAAGAGAGGACGAUCAGAAAGACGUACGAGGAUGCCUACACUCUACAAUUCCUCGAAUUGUACAGUUGCAUUAUCAACAACAGGACGCCGAAGACGAGCGCGACAGACGCGAGGAAGGAUAUCGAAUUGUUCCAGAUGAUUCUAAGAGCUGGAGCUGAAACAUAUAAAGCCGAGGCAGUGGCAAGUAACGGAGAAGUAUCAGGAGUCCAUUAA